UGUCAGGCCAAAACACUCCCAAAUGCGACGUAUGGGGGUCAAUAGCGUCUCGCUGUCAUGGUAACAAGAAACUUUCGGGGAGGAGUGUCGUGCAGGAAGACGUAGCUUUGGCGGGAGUCUGGAAGCAUAUUGCAGAGACGGGAAACCUUAAGAAUGGAUUUCAAGCGUAAAAAAGGGGGUUUCCCAGCCUCCCAGACCAAGAAACAAAAAUCAGACUGGGAUGACGAUGGCCCCUCGCAGUUUGAGGAGGAACUGGCUAACCUGGAUGAAAUUGAAGCAGAUAUGGCCACAGAGAUGAAUGAAGCAGAUAUGUUGCCUGUUGGUAGGUGAAUGAAACUCUCAGACAAGAUUUCACCAAAAUGGCUCCGACCUCCCCUUCCCAGUAUUGACACUCUAAACGAUUCUGUGUGUUUUCAUCAGAUUGAAUUGGACCAUUAUGUGGGAAAACCUGUGCCUGGUAUGCUGGGAGCCACGCAAGGACCAGUUCCCAUAAUACGGAUGUUUGGAAUCACAGCAGAUGGCAACAGUGUAUGCUGCCACAUCCAUGGCUUUGCUCCUUACUUCUACGUACCCUGCCAGGCUGGUUUUAAGCAGGAACAUUUAGGUGAAUUCAAAAAAGUGCUGAACAAUGCUGUGAUCAAGGACAUGCGCUCUAAUAAAGACAACAUUUCACAGGCUGUCCUGGCUGUUGACAUCUGUAUGAAAGAAAACAUGUAUGGAUACCAUGGGAAGCGGAGUAUACCUUUUCUGAAGAUCACUAUGGCCCUUCCACGCCUAAUUGCGCCUGCCAAACGUCUUUUAGAACAGGGUUUGCAGUUUGGGAGCUUCCCAACACAUUGCUACCAGGCCUAUGAAGCCAACAUUGACUUUGAAAUCAGGUUUAUGGUGGACAAUGAUAUUGUUGGUUGUAACUGGAUUGAACUCCCAGCUGGCAAAUACCGAAUUCGUAAAGAAUCCCAGGGAGACGAGCUGGCUAAAGACAAUGCUAUCAAGGUGUCUCUUGCUCAGCUGGAGGUUGAUAUCAGCUGGGCAGACAUUAAAAGUCACCCUGCUGAGGGUGAGUGGCAGAAGAUUGCCCCUCUUCGGGUGCUCAGUUUUGAUAUAGAAUGUGCAGGGAGGAAAGGCGUGUUUCCAGAGGCAGAUAAAGACCCUGUUAUUCAGAUAGCUAACAUGGUUCUAAGGCAAGGGGAGAAAGACCCUUUUAUCCGCAAUGUUUUCACCUUGGGCACCUGCGCCAGUAUAGUUGGCUCUAAAGUGCUUUGCUUUGAAAAGGAACAAGAACUAUUAAAAGCCUGGGCAGAGUUUGUUCGCAUUAUUGAUCCUGACAUCAUAACCGGCUACAAUAUUCAGAAUUUUGACUUUCCAUAUCUAAUCAACAGAGCACACUGUCUUAAGGUUGACACAUUUCCUUUUCUAGGAAGAAUCAGAAACAUGAAGUCUGUUAUACGGGACUCUUCCUUCCAAUCCAAACAGAUGGGUAGACGAGAAAACAAAGUCAUUAACACAGAGGGUCGUAUUCAAUUCGAUCUCUUUCAGGUACUCCUUAGAGACUACAAGCUGCGUUCAUACACUCUGAAUGCUGUCAGUUUCCACUUUCUGCAAGAACAGAAGGAAGAUGUACAGCACUCUAUCAUUACGGAUCUACAGAACGGAAAUGAGCAAACACGGAGAAGGCUGGCUGUCUACUGCCUGAAGGAUGCCUACUUACCUCUUCGUCUUAUGGAGAAGCUCAUGUGUGUUAUAAAUUACAUGGAAAUGGCACGUGUGACAGGUGUGCCUCUCAAUUACCUGUUAUCUCGUGGGCAGCAAAUAAAGGUGGUCUCGCAGCUCCUCAGACAGGCCAUGAAGCAAGAUCUGGUGAUGCCGGUGGUAAAAUCUGAAGGCGGAGAAGAUUACACUGGGGCUACUGUCAUUGAACCAGUUAAAGGGUAUUAUGAUGUCCCAAUUGUCACCCUUGAUUUUUCAUCACUAUACCCAUCUAUCAUGAUGGCUCAUAAUCUCUGUUACACUACUCUGCUGCAGGCUGGAUCCAUUGAAAAAUAUGGAUUCAGUCCUGAAGAUUUUAUCAAGACUCCAACAGGUGAUCAAUUUGUAAAGACAAGCGUACGGAAGGGGCUUCUGCCCGAGAUCUUGGAAAAUCUUUUGUCUGCUCGAAAACGAGCAAAGACUGAACUGAAGAAAGAGACUGAUCCAUUUAAGCAGAAGGUUUUGGAUGGACGUCAACUGGCGCUAAAAGUGAGCGCUAACUCUGUAUAUGGGUUUACAGGAGCACAAGUCGGGAAAUUGCCCUGUCUAGAGAUUUCACAGAGUGUCACUGGCUUUGGGAGACAGAUGAUCGAAAAGACCAAGCAGUUAGUGGAAUCAAAAUACACUCUUGCCAACGGGUACCAGGGAGAUGCCAAGGUCAUCUAUGGUGACACAGACUCUGUGAUGUGCAAACUUGGAGUGCAGACAGUGACUGAAGCCAUGGGAAUAGGAAGAGAGGCAGCUGAAUGGGUGUCCAGUCACUUCACUCCUCCCAUAAAACUGGAGUUUGAGAAGGUUUAUUUUCCCUACCUGCUCAUCAACAAGAAGAGAUACGCCGGACUCUAUUUCUCAUCGAGUGCAGACAUCCACGACAAAAUGGACUGCAAGGGUAUAGAGACUGUACGGAGGGAUAAUUGCCCAUUGGUGGCCAAUCUUAUCAACACUUGUCUGCAGAAGAGUCUCAUUGACAGAGAUCCGAUGGGCGCUGUGGAACAUGCCAAGGACGUGAUCUCUGAUUUGCUUUGUAAUCGGAUAGACAUCUCCCAGCUGGUGAUUACGAAGGAGCUGACUCGCACAGCAGAUGAAUAUGCUGGAAAGCAGGCUCAUGUGGAGCUGGCAGAAAGAAUGAGAAAGAGAGACCCUGGGAGUGCUCCAAACUUGGGAGACAGAGUCCCUUAUGUUAUCAUUGGAGCUGCAAAGGGUGUGGCUGCCUACAUGAAGUCUGAGGACCCUAUCUAUGUCCUUGAAAACAAUAUCCCCAUUGACACACAAUAUUACUUGGAGCAACAGCUGGCCAAACCCCUGCUGAGAAUCUUUGAGCCCAUACUGGGGGAGUCCAAGGCUGAAACCAUACUUCUGAAGGGAGAACACACUCGUUGUAAGACCGUCCUUACCUCCAAAGUUGGAGGCCUUAUGGCAUUUGCGAAGAAACGUAGUACCUGUAUCGGAUGUAAAGCGUCGUUAAAUCAUGACGGUGCGGUGUGCAAUUACUGCAAGGGGAGAGAAUCUGAACUACACCAGAAAGAGAUCUCUCAUCUGGGUUCUCUGGAAGAGAAGUUUUCUCGCUUAUGGACACAGUGCCAGCGCUGUCAGGGAAGUUUACAUGAGGAUGUCCUGUGUACAAGCCGUGACUGCCCCAUAUUCUACAUGAGAAAAAAGGUCCAAAAAGAUCUGGAUGACCAGGAGAAGCUAGUCAGACGAUUUGGCCCACCGGUGUGGUAACCGAAUCCCCAAAAAAUAAAAGGAGUAUACAGACUACUGCAAU